AUGAAUUUUUUGACGCCCGUGAGGUGUUUGCUUCAAUGUCUGACUCAGGCUUCGAUUGCUCCCCAGAAGACUGUAUUGGCCCGUGAAGAAAACAUGAAGUUCAGCAGGUCCACUAAUUCAAUGUUUCAGGUCUACAAGAGAGGAACAGUUGGAAGAUCCAAUUAUAUUGAUGCAUACACGGGAAGGUUUGGAGUUCCACAUAUGGCUUUCAACUCCAUUAAUUCAACCAUAAACAAUGGUGGUUUAUUGAACAGUGGUGUUUGGGCUCCACCACAACCAAUUCAGCGAAUGCGGACGUAUACAAGGGUCUACAAAAGAGGAGCUAUUGGAAGAUCAAUUGAUAUUACUUCAUAUUUAGGGUAUGAUGAGCUUAAACAAGAUCUUGCUCGAAGGUUUGGUAUCGAGGGUCAACUGGAUGGUCAACAGAGAAUUGGGUGGAAACUUAUGUAUGUGGAUCAUGAGAACGACAUUCUCCUUGUUGGGAAUGACCCUUGGGAUGGGUUUAAUGUGACAGGUGUGAAGCCUGGCAGCAUCAAAUAUGUUCCUGGAGCAGAAGCACUUGUUGUUAGAGUGGUCUCUUCUGUGGACAACAAGUUGGAAGUCAAGCAACGAUUUCUUGAGAUCUUUCAAGAGGAAAAUUACCCUGUGGAGUUUGGGUAUAAGUCUAAGGUUAUAACAACCGAUGCUCGUGUAGAUACCGACAUCUGGCGAAAGAUGGUACAGGUUGCUGUGAAGGGGCAACUACAGGCUUAUUAUAAUUGGGCUAUUGCCAUAUCUGAUAGAGGCAAACUCCAUGGACGUACAAAGGAAGCUGAAGAACUAUGGAAACAAGCAACAAAGAAUUAUGAAAUAGCUGUCAAACUAAACUGGAACAGUCGACAGGCUCUUAACAACUGGGGACUUGCUUUACAGGAAUUAUGUGCAAUUGUUCCUGCCCGUGAAAAACAGACUAUAGUAAGAAGUGCAAUCAGUAAGUUGCAAUUUGACUUCCACAGAGCAAUUUACAACCUUGGCACUGUUCUGAUCAUAUGGAUUAGCAGAAGACACAUCAAGAACUUGGAGAUAUUCUACAUAUGUAAGGGGGCCAACCACUUCCAUUUGAUAGCAGCUAGUAAUUACCUGAAAGAGGCUGGUGAUGCUCAUGGCACUGUCAAAAUUCAAAUAUCCAUAGUCAUGGAUAUGUUACCUGAAGUAAGACCUCUUAAUCCUAAAAUUUAUCUGUAUGAGACAAGUCUUGAGCAAUUAAGAGCUGAAAGUUGUAAUAAACUCAAAGUUUUGAAGUUUUUGAUGGAAAAGGAUAGUGUUAAUGCUCUUCAUAAGAAACGAAUGGCUACUGGAGAUCGACGACAACGGCAAACGAUAGUGGUGGCGGCAACAACAAACGAUGGAGAUUUGGCAGUGGCGAUAUGCCAAAAAACUGAAGAGAAAGCUGGUGGUUUUUGGCCAGAUUCAAUGGGCGGACUCAUGUUGCCGACGACUUUUAGAGAAAGAGGGGUAAAAUUGAGGUCGACGGCUAGAGUUUUAAACAACCAGAAGAUAACGGAUGAAGAAGAGGAUUUUUAG